AUGGCAGUCAGACUGCGGAAAGUGUUUCAAUAUCCCGAGGAAUCGGAUGGUCGUGAAGAACUGGACGAGGAAGAGCAAGAACAGGUCAUCGAGCAGUUGCAGAGCCAAAAUGAUACUCGCAACGCCCAGUACAGUGUCCUCUUCACUGCGCUUCCAUUGUUAGCAGCUUUGGCCUUUGUGCCUUCGGUACUAUCAGCCUCCAGUCAAUUAGAACGACUGUUCUCAUUCCUCAGCCUAGUGUCGCUGGGCACAACGGCAUAUAUCAUGAGAUGUUCUCCUCUGCAGGACCGCAAGGGCAAGAAACCCAUGAAUGCGCAAAAUGAACGUAUUGCCCGACUUCAUGCUGCUCUAGUCCCUGGAGAUGGCGCUGUAUCCUUAUUGCUGGCUCUGGUCUAUCUUUCAACCGGGUCAUCUUAUAGCAUUCGGUCAGUCUUAUACUUGAUUCCUGGAGUCAUGCUCGCCACCAUCCUCCUUGCCCAGAAUGUGAUGCGCUCGGUUGAUCUCACCUCCCUGAAGGAUCUCCAAUAUGACUACAAAGGUGCAUAG